CGACGCCGCCCCCGGCAGCGAGUCGCGUGUCGCCGCUGGCUGGAUGACGGCGACCGGCCGCUGCUAGGUCGGCAUGGGCUGGUGCGCGGCGUGUGCACCGCUCGCGGCGCUCCUGCUGCUGGUGUGCGCUCACGGAACAUGGGCCAGCUGGGAAGAAUGGUGGACGUAUGAUGGAAUUUCAGGUCCCGCGUUCUGGGGGCUCAUCAAUCCACAAUGGUCGCUGUGCAGUAAGGGCCGUCGGCAGUCGCCCAUCGACAUCGAGCCGGACAAGUUGCUGUUCGACCCCCUGUUGCGGCCGCUGCACAUCGACAAGAACAUGGUGAGCGGCACUCUGCACAACACGGGCCAGACGCUGGUGUUCCGCGUGAGCAAGGACGCCAAGGAGCAGCCUGUCAACAUCACGGGCGGCCCGCUCGCCUACCGCUACCAGUUUGAGGAGAUGUACUUCCACUACGGCACCAACAACAGCCACGGCUCCGAACACCGCAUCCACGGCUACUCCUUCCCUGGAGAGAUUCAGCUGUACGGGUUUAACGCGGACCUGUACCACAACAUGACAGAGGCGCAGCACAAAUCACAAGGCAUUGUGGGCGUGUCCGUCAUGCUGCAGGUGUCCGAGUCGCCGACGACCGAGCUGCGGAUCAUCACCAGCACAUUCGGCCACAUCCGCUUCAAGGCCUCGUCGACGCCGAUACGGCCCCUGACGCUGCAGCAGCUGCUCCCCAGGACGGACCACUACAUGACGUACGAGGGCUCGACGACGCACCCAGGCUGCUGGGAGACCACCGUCUGGGUCGUCCUCAACAAGCCCAUCUACAUCUCCAGGCACGAGAUGUACUCGAUGCGGCGGCUGAUGCAGGGCCCCUUCACGGAGCAGAAGGCUCCCCUCGCCAACAACGUGCGGCCCCUGCAGCACCUGCACCACCGCACCGUCAGGACCAACAUCGACUUCUUCCGGCGCAAGGGGAAGAAGUGUCCAACAAUGCACAGGGACAUGCGUUAUAUAGCGAACACCUGGAGGGAUCUGAAGCAGCAAGACUGAGCAGCGCGGCGCUCACCAGCGCAUGCGCUACGGCGCGGUGGGCCGGCGCAGCCACACAGCUCCACCUGUCUGUACCUCUAAACCUGGAGGAGGAGAAACAGCCAUACACCACGUUGACCGAUAUUUGUUUCUGUUUUAAUUAUAACUGGUGAAAUAUUUUAUCUUGACUACCGCGAGCAAAGUAUUUCUUCUCAGGAAAAAUUGUCGAUACGAAACAUCUUGCAUCUAAACACAAUUAAGAAAAUUUAUAUUCCGUUACACUUCUAUUGUGAAGCUGGACCUAGUGGAACAGAAACAUUCACUCGUGAUUACUACUACUUGAUAGGGAACUAUCACAGUACUGAAAAAUAUCCGCUUCCACGAAAACAUUUCAAGACUAAUUUCAAUACUACCUUUCUCUAUAAGCAACAAUAUUUGUUAUUACGAAAAGGUAGUAGAAUAUCUCUGCGUACGACACCGAAGAAAGUCACUACUAAUCACUUUACAUUGAAAAAAAUGAACCAGCUUUCAAAACAUUUAUUUUCUCUCUGUUCAAACACAGUACGUCAAUGAGUGAAUAGCUUACAAUAAUAUUUGUCCAUGUCUUAGAACUUCAUGUCGAAGUACACAUGUAAACAUAUUCACAGGUAAAAACAGAUCUCAUAAUUUCUUAUACGAUGUUAGAGUUCUAACUCUUUCACCGAAAAUUUUAUGCUGCUCGCACUGGUAGUGCUAAAUUUCGGACACAACGUGUAACCACCGCCGAAAGGACAUUUAGCCCUGCUGCGAGUAAGCAAAACUCGAAAUUACUAAUCAGUUUAUCGCGUUACAUUGCCUGGACAAACACAAUAAUUUAACAUGUACGUUUAGUCCCGAUAAUACAUACGGUGAACUGUGAUGUCUAAGUCUAACAUUUUCGAAAAUUCAUAAGGAAGCGCCUUGUUUUACAGUCAGUUUUGUGAAUAUCUUUCCCCAUGCGAAAUGAUGAAAUAUUGGAAUGUUCUUGACACAAAUGCGAAAAAAGGAAUCCUUAUGAAAUAUACAAAAGUAUAUUAAUUUCAUUAACAAUUCUUUUUGUACUUUGAGUGAAAGGUUGAGCUUUCUCGCAAGAGACUUCGUCUCUCUUUUAGUUUAAUUAUAUCUUAUGACUCUUAGUCCUUUGUUACCCCUUAAUAUAUUUUUGAAGUAACGUGUUCACUGUAUCUCUGGCGAUGUUAUUAGGUUUUAUUGUUUUUAACCACAUAUGUCUGUCGAAUAUGAAGUUGAAGCACUUAUGGUUUCACAAUAUGUAUACUAAACCCUUCCGUAACUUUGUUUACAACAAGAUCUACAUACUGUCACUCAACAUUUUCAACAUAGCACAUAAGGCUAGGUGUGGCAACAUCUUACGUUUCUAAUUGUGUCACCUAAAUUCACGUUUUAGGACACAGGGAAGCAAUUGAGGCAUGUGCUUAAACUGUUUCUGUUCUCCAAGGAAACAGAUUCGAUGCCAGCAACCAUAUGCAAGAAUGUCAAAAAUUUCCGUUAUUAGUCUUCCAUAAUUUCAUCAUCACUCAGCUCUAAUUUGGUUAAUAUAAUCAACAACAUAAACCCCAUACUGCUUAUUGUUUGUGCUAGUUUAAUGGUUAAUGACAAGAGGGAUCGACAUACGAUUAAACUUGAAUAUUAAAUUUUUUGUCAGCUUAAAAAUUUAUUUGUGUCAGCAAAUGACUCCAGGCCCUACAGUUACUUGUCUUGAUACUAUAUAUCUAGACGAAAUGAAAUUAUGCGAAAUAUCCUACACACAUGUUGCUAGAGUCCAUAACAUCACAACCAAAUGCAGAACAGCUAAAAAUCUGGGGCUCAGGCUUCCACCUAUUCGAAUAAUUUCAAUUUAUUCCAUAACUUCUUUCUAAAAUGUGUCGACCUGAACAAGCAACGCCUAUCACCAAAGUUGAAAAAUACUAAAUUUUAAUGGAUUUCAUAAUUACUGUUACAUCACACAAUUAUCAAAUUUCUAAAAAUAUUCCUGUGAUACCUUCUCAACGGGAGCAUUCUGUAAACCAAUGUUAUUCUUGUUAAAUUGCUUUACAGUUAUUUGAUACUUAUACUUACCUUAGAAAUUGUUAAAAGUUUAUCUAUUUUGGGAAAAUUACAUUCCUUUGUUUACAUAUAGAAAUUAAUAUAAAAAAUUUAAAUUUUUUGCUUUAAUUGCUUUUUUCUCAUAUUUGUGCGAAAGAAGAAACUUUUGACUCUGACAUUGAUGAGGGAAACCUGAGCGAUUUUCUCUUCCUGAAACCUGUAUAUGCGUGUUCCCAAAGUUUCUAUAUGACAUAAUGCAAUGUUAUUCUACAAUAAAGAAUUGUCAACAUUCAAUAUA